UCCUCACUUCUUUCAAAGCUACCAGAUAGCAAGAACAGUUGAACAAUAUCUAUUCAACGUGAAAGCUAUAGUUUAGCGACUAAAAUUCAACAUACAAAGAUAUAAUGGCAUCAAAUGGAAAAACUUCAUAUUCACUUUGCGAAGAUAUUCGUACUAAUGACCCGGAAAUGUAUGAAAUCAUCGUGAAGGAGAAAGAAAGACAAAGAAGAGGCCUGGAAUUAAUUGCAUCAGAGAAUUUCGCAAGUAGAGCUUCUCUUCAAGCUCUGGGAAGUUGUUUAAAUAAUAAGUACUCUGAAGGUCAACCAGGCCAGAGAUAUUAUGGCGGUAAUGAACAUAUUGAUGAUAUGGAAAGAUUAACCCAAAAAAGAGCUUUAAAAGCGUUCAAUCUUGAUGCUAGUGAAUGGGGUGUCAACGUUCAACCACUUUCCGGAAGUCCUGCCAAUUUUGCUGUUUACACUGCCUUAGUUGAACCCCAUGGCCGUAUUAUGGGUCUUGAUCUCCCCGAUGGCGGUCACUUGACUCAUGGUUUCUAUACCCCCACAAAAAAGAUUUCGGCUACAUCCAUCUUUUUCGAAUCUAUGCCAUAUCGUCUUGAUCAAAACACCGGUUUGAUCGAUUAUGACAAGCUGCAAGAAAAUGCAAAACUAUUUAAACCAAGAAUGAUAAUUGCUGGAAUUAGCUGUUAUUCUAGAAAUUUAGAUUAUAAGAGGUUUAGAGAAAUAGCAGAUGAAAAUAAUUCCUUAUUGAUGGCAGAUAUGGCUCAUAUAUCUGGUCUAGUUGCUGCUGGAGUUGUUCCAUCUCCUUUCGAAUAUUGUGAUAUUGUUACAACAACAACUCACAAAACUUUGAGAGGACCACGAUCUGGCAUGAUCUUCUACAGACGAGGUGUAAGAAAGAUCUCAAAAUCAGGAGAAAAGAUUAUGUGGGAUAUCGAAAAGAAAAUUAAUGAAGCCGUUUUCCCAGGACUUCAAGGUGGUCCCCACAAUCAUGCCAUUGCUGGAGUAGGUAUUGCUCUAAAGCAAGCCGAUACUGAUGACUUUAAAAAAUAUUCCAAACAAGUUGUUCUCAAUUGCCAGAGAAUGUGCAAGAAACUUAUGGAAUUGGGCUAUACAAUUGUAUCCGGAGGCUCUGACAAUCAUUUGUGCCUUGUUGAUUUAAGACCUAAUGGCGUUGAUGGCGCUAGAGCCGAAAAAGUUUUGGAAGAUGUGUCUAUAGCCGUUAACAAGAACACUUGUCCAGGCGAUAAGAGCGCCUUAAAGCCUAGUGGGCUUAGACUUGGAACUGCUGCUCUAACCUCUAGAAAUUUGACCGAGGCGGACUUUGAAAAAGUUGUUGAAUUUUUCGAUAGAGCUGUUAAGAUCGCUAUUGAAGCAAAUAAGGAAAGUGAACCGACGCUAAAAUCAUUUAAAGAGAUCAUUGCUACUGAGAAAUAUACUAAACAGAUUUCAAGUCUAAAGGAAGCUGUUGAAUCGUUUGCUCUAAAAUUUCCAAUACCAGGACACGAUGACAUGUAA